AAGAAGAAACUGAUAAUAAAAUUUAUCGCCCCAUUGGCAAAACCUAUCAGAAAUCUCAUAAAUCUAACAUACUAAAAGUAUUUUAUUACUAAAAGCAAUGUGGAAACAUUCGUUAUUCGUAAGCAAUGAAAGUAUUGCUACUCGUAUUAAUAGUUUACUUAAAUAACGCAACAUGCGACAAAAAAUAUUUUCAACCAGAAUCCAAAAUAAUUAUGAAACACUAUCCAAAGAAAGUUAUAAGAGAAUUAAGUCCAAAUAUUCAUAUACUCAAUUCGAAAAAAUAUAUAAACACUAAUCUUGAAGGAUUCAAAUUAAAUAGAAUAAAUACAAAAAAGAAUGAUGAGAAAAAUAAAGGAUAUACAGUUUUUCAAAAUACAGGCUUAGCUCAGAGCGACUUUGGAAUACCAGAUAGUCCGUAUUUUCCAUUUAGUGAAAACAUUGAAAUGAAACCUAGAAUCAAAAAGGUAUUACCGGAAUAUAUAUUUAGCGCAUUAAGAAAGAAAAGGUCAGCUUCAUUUAAAUUAAAUCUUAGCAAUAAAGAAAGUGAAAACGAAGGAAAAAGCAAAGAAAUAAAAACAAAUAAGAAAGUCGAGAAAAAAAGAAAACCAGAAAAUACUAAUGAUAAAAGUAAGCUAGGUCAUGUUGAUAUAAAAGUUGAUAACAAAAUUCGCAAAAAUAAUGUUACAGACCACACAACGACUGACGUUAGUAAGCCAACAAACGACAGUAACGUCCCAGCACAAUCUAAUACUAAGAUAGUGAAAACUAAAACGACGAAUACAAAAAAUAAAUCCAAACAACAAAAUAAAGGUAGUCAAACAAAAUCUAUUAAAAAGAAAGCAAAACUAAAAUCUAGUAAAAAUUCAAAAAAUGCUACUAAACGUCCAGUCAAACUCAAGUAUACAAUUAGAAGACCGGCGAAAAAAGAAAUAAAAGAUAAAAAAGGUAAAGUAAAUGUAAAAGGCCCAGGGCAACAUGAAAAGAAAGUUUUAAGGAGCCGACGAUUGGUAGCUGGGAGAGACGCGUUGAUAGAAGAAUACCCAUACGUGGUGUCAAUACAGAAAGGCGGUGAACACUGGUGUGCCGGCGCAUUACUCAAUCCACGACUGGUUAUUACGACGGCCAAUUGUAUUUGGAAAUCCAGCCGCGUGAGUCGUUUACGAGUACGCGCGGGUUCUCGAUACGUUGAACAAGGCGGCCAAGUGGCCAAGAUAAAAGAGGUGAUGAAGCACCCUAGAUGGAGUAUCAGGAAGGCCCCCGAUAACGACGUGGCACUUAUACUGCUCGAUAGAAAUAUUAGAUUCUCCGAUGCUGUACAUGGUGUAGACCUGCCAAAUCGCAUCAUGAUGCCUGCCUUCGAAGAUGCCUGGGUCACUAGCUGGGGGUCUGAACGUCGUGACGGUAUAUACGACAAGAAGGACAUGACGCUGCAAGUGUAUCACGCUCGCCUGAUGGACCGGGACAAAUGUAACAAUGUUACGCAGCGCUUCGGAGUCACUGUCACGGAAAAUUUCAUCUGUCUGUCCCAGACAGGCAGGCAAGCACCUUGCACGCGCGACACCGGGGCACCAGCUGUCAGCGAUGGUGUCAUAUGGGGUCUGGCAUCGUGGGGUAUUCGAAAACUGUGCGGCACGGAGCGGUAUCCCGCGGUGUUCUCGUACCUCGCGUCGAAUAGCAAUAUGGACUUUAUUUUGAACGCCACAAGACUUUUAAUGGCUGACGAGCGGUUUUAUCCGUUCCCCGACCAUUACCCGUACGUUCCAGCUACGACCUCCGUCGCAACUACAACAGCGUUCUCAUUUUAAACUUUAAAUUAUGUAUUAUGAAGUUCUAUAAUAAAAAUCU